AUGACUCAAAAACAAUCAACACCCCAAACAAAUUCACUUUUCGCAGUUUCGCCACCAUCACAGCAAACGAAAAAAAUCCAUCCAGAGAUCAAGCACUUGUAUUUAAUUCUAUUGACGGCAUACGCCAAGUAGACUACAUACUAGCAAUUGGCAAAAUAAUAUCUCCAAAACACAUAAUAUAUAUUUCAAGGAUAUCAAACAAUCGAUUCUGCGUUUUCCUCUCGAGCAAGGUGAUACUCGAUACACUACUUGAAAAAUCCAACACUAUCACAGUAAAUGAUCACACAAUACCAAUGCGUAGACUCAUAAAUCCAGCAAAAAAAAUAAUCAUAUCUAACGUAUGCCCGUCAAUACCAAACCAAACAAUUCUCAACGCAUUAAAAAACAUAGAUAUUACCCCAGUUUCUGAAAUAAACCAUCUGAAAGCAGGAAUCAACUUGGAGGGAUAUGAUCAUAUUUUGAGCUUUCGCAGACAGAU